AUGGAUGUCAUCGAUUUUCCUGGCGUUGACGAUUCUGAUAAAUCAAUUCCUGAACUGGCAAAAUUACUCUUGAGUUUGACACGAAUAAUCGUGUUUGUGGUUGAAUACAAGUAAGAAAAGUUUUGCUCAAAUGACCGUUAUCCGAGUAUGUGAAAAGUAUAUACAAUACUAGAAAUACAUUAAUGCAGACUCCUUGUCUGAAAAUAACUGCCUGAUUUGUUAACUCUAUUGUUGUUAAGAGAGAAGUAUUUAAAUAGAGUAUGAUUAUGUUCCCGAUACAGGACGCAACUGUGUCCCCAUCAAGAGCAUCAGUGGCGUAGCCAGCCCAACGAUUUAGUCCCGCUACGCAAAUUUCGAUUUAUCAUUACUCAUUCUUUAGAAAUUUAUUAUAAUGGUAUUUGCAUAGUGGGACUAGAUCGUUGGGCUGGCCACGCCAUGCACUGAAUAGUAUAGCUUGUUGCUGAUAACCUAACACCAUCAAAACUGCCAACGUUAGGAGGGAUGGCCCCUCAUGUUUUGCGCUCUUUGUAAUGUUUGGGUUAUUUUUCAUGUUCUUCCUUGUUUUCUCAACCACCCAAACCCUCUUCUCUUCUUUUCCCAUUGCACAACUAGACAAGCAAAUUAAGCUUUUCAGCAAGGUUUUUCCGUUGCUCAUGUAGUUCGUCUAUUUUAUAAUUUCUGCACUUUGCUUUGCUAGGAGAGCCCAUACUGAAUCAACCAAGGAAUGGCUCAGCAUUCUUGAAAGAGAAAAUGUUCCUGUUCUUAUAUGCCUAACUUUCGCUGACAAGCUGUUUGCUGAACUAAUGGGAGAAAAAGGAGAUCGUGAUAUAGAGAAAGUGAAAGCUGAGAUUGGAGAACAAUUAAAU